GGCUGGAGCCUCUGGGGAUAGGUGGAGGGGCCAUCUGGGGCUACAUGGACCAGCAGGGCUACCUAGGACAUCUAGAGGGGAAUCGGGGGUGCCUGGGCCACAGGGAGCAGACCGUGUUCUGUUGGGACAUCUGGGAGAAUCGCGGUCCUUCUGGAUAUUGGGGGGAAGAGUUUGGAAUCUGGGGUUGUGUCGGGGGGGGCCGUCAGAAACCUCGAGAUAUUCCCAGGGUGUUAGGAGGUGUCCAGGAGUGCUGGAGUUAAAUAGCUCUCCGGCGAUAUCGUGGGAGCAGGCGGGGGUCCACGGGCAUUCCCGUGAUAGUCGGGGGUCCAGGGAGGUGAAAGGCACAGUCGGUGACCUUCGGGACUAUGAAAAGGAGUGGUCUCGGGGAUCUUGAGGGGGAUUCUAGGUCUUUGAUCGUAGGGGCCCGUGAGGGUUCGCUGAGACUCAGGGUGGGCCCUGAUCUGUUCUUUUCACUCGCGCAGGCGGUGGCGGUCCCCAGCCCGAGGAUCCCAGCGCCAGACAGUUCCUGGCGCGGCUGAAAGCUCGCCCCCUGGCGGCCCGAGCUGCGGCCGACGUGGCGGCGCUGCCAUUAGCAUGCUGUAUUCUGCCGAGAUAGAGGUCACAGACAAUCGCCUUCCUAAUGCCAAUUUCGUGGAACAGCGUCCACAGGUACUACCUUGUCCUCCUAAUCAAGGCCACCUGCCUCAGGACUGGUAAUGUAUGUACACUUGUGUCCUUACUCCAGCAUCGUCGGUCAGAGACCAUGGGUAUACGUACCACGCCGCCCCAAGUGACCCAGGGUAAAGCUCGUCCUCCUUUGAAGUCACCCCAGGCCUCUGGUCAGUUCUCUGUUGAACUCAUUCGCAGUUCCGCCGGCUUUGGCUUCACAUUAAGUGGAGGCCGAGAUGCAGGUGGGGAUGCUCCGCUGGCAGUGCGCCGGCUGCUGAAGGAUGGACCAGCUCAGCGCUGUGGUCGCUUGCAGGCCGGCGACCUCGUGCUUCACAUCAAUGGAGAGUCAACUCAGGGCCUCACUCAUGUUGAGGUCGUGGAUCGGAUUCGUAGAGGUGGCCCCCGGCUUUGCCUCGUGCUAAGCAGGCCUCCUGAAACCCACCCUGGCAAGCCUGAGGUGGUGGGAAGGCCCCGAAAAGAAGAUGUCCUGCCAUCCCCAGAUCGCAUUCCAGAUCCUGGGGAACCAGAGAUGACGAAGACUCGCAGCGCCAGCACUUCCUCCCCACUUCAGCACCCACGACCCCGUACGACCCCCCAAAACCGGGGCAGCCAGGAGCCUCGCCUAGAAGGGGCGGCCGACGGCCCCGCGGUUCCUGCUGCAGAGCGCUGCACGGAGGACCCCAACGACCAAACUCCGGAUUCUCCCGGACCCUGGCUGACGCCCAGCGAGGAACGGCUCUCGCGGGCCCUAGGGGUCCCGGGGGCCGAGCAGCUCGCCCUGGAGAUGGCAACCGGAAGGCGGAGGCACUGAGCGUGCAGCGGAAGGUUCACUUGGCAUUUCCCAACCUACAUCUGGGGUGCUGCCCCCGCUGCUCACUUAGCAUCACUGGGAGAACUUCCUUGGUCUUGUCCCCCACCCCCCGCAUCCUGCUUCGUAGUCGACCCGCCCGCGCUCCCCUCGUGGCGUCAGUAGUAUGGCCCUUCCCAACCGGCCAGCCCGGCGCUUCUUGUUUUGGGGCCGGGGAGGUAAUAAAAUGGUUCAAUCCA